UAACCCUGCAAAGAAUAAGUGGUUGUAGAAGUUGAGAAUGAGAAAAUCUUUAACAUUUUACUGGUUUCUGGGAUAAAAACAACAGGCUAUCUUGGAUUGAGGAUCAGUUAAGCAGGAAGGUCAGGUCACAACUAAACGCAUUCCCACCAGGAGCAGCUGCCAAAAAAUUUCUCAAUGGACAGUGUGCGCGUGUCUGUGCCCGUUAACUGGGGGUAAUGGGCGUGCCGCAGCAUCAGUGUAAAGCCAUGUGCCAGAGCGCACAAAGCCAUAAAGGAGCCGCUUUACGCACAGCAUCACUUGUCAUUUACGGUUAAAAAUAUUUUCUGCUAAAAGACAAAAUGUUGCUGCUGAGGACGGUCUACCCCUGGCUGCUGCUGGCUUUCCUGGGGCUGCAGGUCUCUCUUUCCUCUGGCGCGCACCUUGCUGACAAGCUGUCCAGGAGAGCGCAGAGGAGCGGUAGCAAGGGUGGGGGGACUGGAAAAGGGAAGUUCUCCACGAAGGACAAGAUGCAGUGCGUGUGGAGCGCCAGGGAGGUCGGGGAGAAUGUGAAGCUGUCGGUCAAGUGCGAGAACCCAGAAGCGCGGAUCAGAGGGGGGACCACCGACCUGAGCUGCGAAUACAACGCCAGACCUCAGAGUUGUCAAGGCUACAACGCCAACCCCAGCGGCUUCUGGAAACAAGUGGGUCGCGCAUUCAAAAAGCUUCAAGGCAAGGUGUGCAGGGAGGGCCGCGCACUGGUGAAGGCCGGCAUGUGUAAGAAUGCGCCCCGAGACGCGCAUUUCAAGCUGGACAUGUCCAGCUCCGUGGCCUCCAGCCAGUCCGGAGACCCGGAGACUGCACCUCCGCUGCCGCCCCGCCCCACCUCCUCCACCACCGGGACUACCCUCUGCACCAAACGCGCGGACCACAGGGAAACCUCCAAGGAGUACUGCGGCGGCUCGUGGGCCAGCGUGUGCUCCUUCUUCUUCUCCAUGCUGCAGAGUGAGGACUGCUAGCUCCAAGAGGAGACGAUCGGA